CGACAAACGACUUUAACGCCACACGUAAGGUCGUCUAGUUUAGGGUAAGAGACGGAUCGCCCUGAAAUUUAUGUUCAAGAGAAUUAACUGAUGUUGCCAGCGUUUGUCGCCAGGCUCAUUAUAACUGUUUUCGGAGUUAUGCACCCCUCUUAUAGAACUUAUAAAGCGAUUAAAAGGAAAGAUUAUCAGGAAGUGGUGACACUUGGCAUGUACUGGGUAGUGUUCAGCAUGUAUAUAACUUUGGAGCUAGUGACAGAUAUUUUACUCCAGUGGCUGCCUUUUUAUUACGAAGCAAAGACUCUAUUCGUCAUAUGGCUUGUCACACCAGCCACUUCUGGGUAUAGUUUUAUAUACCGAAAAGUAAUCCACCCAGAGCUUACGAAGAGAGAAACCGAAAUUGACGAGGCCAUAAACAGAGCAAAAGAAAAAGGAUAUUCGAAAGUCGUGGAGUUUGGUGCCAAAGGACUAAAUUAUGCUGCGAAGGCUGUUCUUUCCGGUGCACUGUUGGGACAAGAUUUUCUAGCUGAUCGUCUUGGUAAACGAAGCUCAAGCAUGUUUGAACUUAAUCGUGGACCUAUAGUGAGACGACAGAAGCUGAGGACCACUGAGGUAUUCGAUUAUGAUGAUCCCGACUUCGUUAGUCAUUUACGAGGUUUGAGUAACGUACCUGAAGACACAGAGCAUUCUUCUGAAGAUCCUCAAUCGAUCUCGUCUACCCGACACGUUUCAACUAGACGUACAAAUGUUGCUCAGAGAUAGACAAUGACGGAAAAAAAUAGGGACGAUUCAUGAAACAUUUCAAAUAACUGCAUCCUAUUAGUCUGGUAAGGUUGAUUUCUUCCCUUCCUGAAGAUUGAUUUUAUAAUUAUGCUUCACAAAUUUCAUUUGAUAAAUAAACUUCACAUUUCAUAGACUUAAAAAACACUUUGUUGAUUAAGUAUUAUAUUUAAAUCUUUCACCUUCCUUUCUAAAAAUAAAGAUGUUUAAUCCAUAGACUUUUAGAGAACUAUUUCCAUA